AUGAAGGAUACCCUGACAGACGCUAAUUUUCCACGAACCGCAGAUCUGCGGGUUUAUCACCUAGGAUUACGCCCCAGCGAGGUUGCCAAUCGUAUCAUAACGGUUGGAUCGCCUUCCAGAGCGAAAGCGAUCGCCGCUUUUCUCGAUGACACCCCGCAACCAUUUGUACUCUCCUCCGAGCGCGGAUUUUUGACGAUAACUGGUCGUUAUAAAUCUGUGCCUAUAUCCAUUGUAAGUAUAGGGAUGGGAAGUCCAAACAUGGACUUCUUUGUACGAGAAGUAAGGGAGUGUCUGAGCGGGGAUAUGGCCGUCGUAAGGCUUGGAUCUUGUGGCGCGCUGGUUGACGCACCUGUGGGAUCUGUGGUGAUACCGAGGGCCAGUGUCUCCAUCAAUCGCAACGUCGAUUUCGAUUUUACAAAUCCAGGAAAGUGCGACGAGGUUGCCUACAGAAUAAGCAAGCCAGUCUCUGCUGAUCCGACCCUCCACCAGGAGCUCUCGCUGCUGCGAAACCCGCCGCGUCAAAGCUUCUAUUCCUCUCAAGGGAGGCAAACUUCAUUUCAAGAUCAUAAUUCCGAUCUUAUCGAACAAUUACAAACGGAGAUUGAAGAUUUGGCAACACUAGAGAUGGAAACCUUCCACUUGUAUCAUUUGGCUAGAUGUUGGGGUGGCCGGACCACACCAUCGACAACGCAAUCGACUCCUCUUACGACUGGACCAGUCAGGCCAGUUCUGUCUUUACCCUUGACGCCGAUAUCCACAGUCCCUCCCGUCUUACUAGCGUCACCGAACUCCGUCAUCAGAGCUGCUGCUGCUCAGAUGGUUUUUGCCUCACGUACAUCUCAGGAUUUUAUUACCCCAGAGGAAGUUAGCGAGCUGGAACAUUGGACAGGUCAAGGUGUUUUAAAUGCGUUGGCGAAUUUGGAUAUACCUCCGGAGCGUCUACACUCGGAACAUGGAAGCGUCUGGGAAGUUGUGUAG